AUGGAAGGCCUCACAAAGCACCUCGGUCGCGGCCGCGAGGUCGAAGUCAUCGACCUCGACAAGUCAGGAAAUGUCGCCCGCCGCUGGGUGCAUAUGCCCAGCAACCGCAUCAUCCGCAAGGCCAAGCCCAGCCUUUUCAAGCGCUCGAUGCGCAAGAUUCUCAUGGACGCUUUUCUCCCCGUUGGAUACCCCCAUUCUGUCUCGGAUGAUUACCUCGCCUAUCAAUUCUUCGACUCUCUGCAGGCCUUCUUCUCCACCAUCACCGCUCUCCUCGCAAACAGAGCCCUCCUCCAGGGCCUCGGUGUCGGAGAUGCCAACUCGUCCGCCACAUUUGCCAUGCUUCUCACAGUCCUCAAGGAUGCCAUGUCUCGUGUCGCCACCAUCAUUUUUGCUCAGCAGUUUGGUCUUCGGAUUGAACCUGAUGCUAAGCGGUACCGUUUCCUGGCUGAUCUUUUCAACGAUACGGCCUUCUUCAUGGAGCUUUACAGUCCUUACUUUGGUCCUUACGGCAAGAUCUUGGCUCUUACUUCUGGUGAAGCUCUUCGUGCCCUUUGUGGUGUUGCGGGUGGAGCGAGCAAGGCUGCUCUGAGUGUUCACUUUGCAAAACACGACAACCUCGCCGAACUCAACGCAAAGGAGGCCAGCCAGGAGACUGCAGUCGGCUUGGUAGGCUUACUCGUCGGCACAUUCGUCGUCAAGCAUGUUGAAGACCACACGAGCGUUGUUUAUUUGAUGACGGUUCUUGUCCUCGCUCACUUGUGGAUGAAUUAUCUGGGCGUCCGCAGCGUCUGCAUGAACGUUCUCAACCGACAGCGCGCCACGAUCCUAUACAAGGAGUAUCUCAAGUCAGGAAACGUUUUGACUCCUAAUGAAGUCGCCCGCCGCGAAAGCAUCCUCUUCUGGAGCCCUGUUGUUCGAAACCAACACGGACAGCGUAUCGCUCGCAUCGAGAUGGCUGAUAGCUUCGGAAACGCCAUGGGAGGCCAGGAAGCUCGCGUUAAUAUCGCCAUCCUCGACGGUCUGAUGAGCACCCUGUUCAUCUGGUCCCACGCAAGCCACAAACACAUUCCAAUCAAGAUCAUGCUCUGGAAGGACUCCGAGGCCGUCCAUGCCAUCAGCGCUUGGUUCAUGGCCAUGGAGAUUGCCUGGCAGAUGGAUAAGGGCAAGGGCUACACCGAGAGACUCGAUCGCAUCUUCUAUUAUCAGCAAAAGUAUGACGAUCGUGAGCUUUGGGAGGCGAUGCUUGCCAAGGGCUGGAACCUGGCGUCUCAGGCUUUUGAAACCGAAGCGCCUGUUCGCAUGGCCAUCCAGCAUGAAGACAAGAAGGACCAGUAG